GUCGGCUUCAAACAUGGCUUCCAGAUUAGAAAUCAAUUUCGUCAGACUGCUAUCUCGCUGUGAAUCUAUCGCCUCGGAGAAACGAGGAGCGACAGAGUGGAGGUUAGAGAAGUAUGUUGGUGCCCUAGAGGAGAUGCUGGUGGCUCUGAGGAAAAGCCCAAGCAAACCCACAGCAGAGGUCCUGGCAGAAUACACGAGAAAAGUAGAUUUUCUGAAAGGACUCCUGGAGGCAGAGAAACUGUCUUCACCAACAGAAAAAGCUUUAGCUAAUCAGUUCCUCGCCCCCGGGCGAACGCCCACAAUAGCCAACGAGAGGAUGCCUGCCACUAAAACUGUCCACAUGCAGACAAAGGCCCGGUGUACAGGAGAGAUGCGGAACGAGCUGCUCGGCACGGUUUUAUCAGGCAAAGGCACAUCAGAGACAGACUUGCGAAACAGAAGAGGUUUCCCUCUGGAUGAACGUCAGUCUGCUGCAGAGCUGGAUGCUGUCCUGCAGCAUCACCACAACCUGCAGGAGAAGCUGGCAGAGGACAUGCUCAACCUGGCCCGAAAUCUGAAGAACAACACUAUGGCAGCACAGAAUAUCAUCAGGCAGGACAACCAGACUCUGAAUCAGUCCAUGCGCCAGGCAGACCUGAACUUUGAGAAGCUGAAGACGGAGUCUGAGCGAUUGGAGCAGCACACCAAGAAAUCCGUGAACUGGCUCCUGUGGCUGAUGCUCAUCCUGGUCUCUUUCGCCUUUAUCAGUAUGAUCCUCUUCAUCAGACUCUUCCCCAGACUCAGAUGAUGACUGUGCGCAGUCCUGAACUCUUAGCCCUACAUCCUCUCCUGUGUUUACAAGAGCAGUAGCCACAUAGGCCUCCAUAGAUCUACACAUCAUGUCUGUAUGUGUGAUACAGAUCAGUAGCGGUCAGAACCAAAACACCUCAGUCUGACGGACUGAAAAGUUUGCACUUUUGAAACUGAAAUUCUUCCUCUAAACAGGCUGAUGAAAGAUAGAUAAAAAUGCAGAAGGUGGUUUGAAGCAUCAGUAUUCAUGUUUUUUUUUUGUUUUUUUUUAAACAGGACAGAACAUGAAUCAAGGUUAAAGAGCUACCUGCAGAGCCUUUUUUGGGAGCAGUAACAUACACUAGUCUUAACAGCCAGACAGCAGGGACUGAGCCUUAAUUAUUUUAAUCCCCUAUCAGGUAGGCUGCUAGCCAUUCAGUACACGUAUGCACUUUCUCACUUUGUGGGACUCAAGUCAAAGUCAUGUUUUGUAGAACAUUAUUCUCCACCAUGCAUAUAAUCAAAGAGAGCUCAUGAACCGUCCACCAUCUGCUUCACGUUGCACUGGAAAUCAACAAUUUUAGUACUGUUUCAGUUACCUGAAAACUGAGUCCAAAACAGUCUGACUUAUAAAUAAGUGUGGGUGUGCUAAAGCCUAAAAUGAUUUGGUAACACUUUACUUUAACCCCCCUCUUUAGUAUUUAUAAGCACCACAUAAAUGUUUAAUAAAUGGUUUAUAACACACUAUAAGUGCAGACAUUAUUAUUAUUAAUGUACAGUAUUUGUCAACAAUAAUAACUUCUCAUAUGAAGAUUACAGAGUAUACAUCGGUCUCCAGUUCUGUGUGACCACAGCAGGACUUUAAAACACAUUAAUCAAAUCUUUAUACAUUAUCAACUACAUUAUAGUGUGUUAUAAACCAUUUAUGACAUGUUCAUAUAAUGCAUAUGAGUGUUAAAUGGUGGUGGUUAAAGUGAAGCGUUACCAGUUGUUUCCCUUAAAUAAAAUAUUAUUACAAUUUACAAAACAAAUAUCACAUAAAACUUUUAUUUUUCAACUGCUGGCAAAAGUUUUGGAAGCGUUCAUCGUCGAGAGGUUUAGACCUUUGCGCUGUUAGAUUUAAUUCAUUUCAUCGCUCCGCAUAUUUCCAACAUCGUCAGUCCUGUCCAUUAUUGAAGAGUCUGUGAGGUUUGGUGGAUGGUUCCAUACAUGUACGUCAGGUGAUGAUAUCCGUUGUAGUGGUGACUGCUGAGGCUGCUGAUGUUGAUGAAGUAAGAUUUUGUCCUCAUUAAAUGACUGUAACCCCGUGUUCCAACCCCUUAUAAACAUUGUUUGUGUGUUCAUAGGAUCACAACAAAGUAAACUGAUUCCAGCAAAAAUC